AUGUCCGAAGAAGAAGAAGAAGAAGAGGAAGAGGAAGUUGAGGUUAAAACAAAUGGCUAUUAAAUUUGUUAUACAAUGUAUGUUUGCUCAGGUGCACACAGAAUCCCGUGCAGUCAGAUAGGAUAAGGAUGACAUCAUAUCUUCCAAUAAUCUCCUAGCGUUGUGUAAUUUAAUAGGAAUCCAGGAUUCUUUGUAGAGAACCCUGAUCACACGGUGUUGUACACAGGCUCCACAGCUUGUUAAAAAAAAAUGAAAAAGAAUGCAACAUACUUUAUUUCUUUGCUGUCCUUUUGUAUUUCAAUGAGACACACUCAUUUACAUCUCUGAUAUCAACUUCACCUUCUGCACUUACUUAACAUAAUAUCAUUCGGUGAUAGUUAGAAUGCAAUGAAUAGAGUGAAAUUAUUUAUUUUUUAAAACCCUAACUGCUUUUGGAAAUUUGUUGUUGAAUUUGUUUUUAGUUAUUUUGCACUUUUGCUAUAAAUACUUUAAUAAAAUAUUUCAGUAAACCAGUUUUUUCAUGCCAGCUCGUAAAUUUUGGCAUUUCAUGAAGGAGCUGUCAAUGUCUUAAAUCAUGCAGCUAAUCUCUUUGACAGGAGUGCAUGUAAGUCACCAUAACAAUGGUUGUUAAGCAACCAUGUGCACUUACAUGUAACUCUUUAUUCAGUCAAGCAUCAAGCUACAUUCUGUUGAAUUGUGUCUAACGACAAAUGCACUUGAAAUGUACCGUGUAGUAAUAAUAAAUAAUUGUUUUUUCCUUCUGUUUUAGAAUUCAUCACAAUCUGACUAUGAAGAUGGUUCAGAUUCUGAGAGUGAUCUAAAUGAGGAGGUAGAUUUAUCUUAACCUUACACGAAUAUGUUGAAGUUGAUUUUUAUUUCACCUAUUUUUUGGGUAUUGUAAUGUAUGCUAAUGAAGUUGAUACAAAAGAACAAGUUACCCGAGAUAAAAGAAUUGACUACACCACUUACAGGUGUACAUCCAGGCUCAUUGUUCACACAGUUCCACAUGUAGAUAAGCUUUGAAAUUAAUAUCUUUAUUUGUUAGAGAUAAACAUUUCUGAUACAAUGAUGCAGGGUUGGCUUCAACCAAAGGACGGAGAGGGAAUCUUAGGGUGUCCUUUGGGACAUGUGAAUUUAUAGAGGUUGUAGUUAAACGGAAAUUUAAUUUCUGUGACAGGUGCUUGUUUUUUAUCAAAUGUUUGAAGUGUCACCAAUUCCACGCAUAACUUCCACAAAGCAAGCAUUUCAGAAUAUUGCAAUAGCCAUUGUGACGACGACCUCUCCCCAAUCUCCCUCGACAAAGUCUUUUGUUGACACCCGCCGUCGUCGGAUCUUAAGCUGCCUAUUCUCUCUUACCUCAACCUUAAAUCAUUCAGUGUCAAUUUUUUCUAUUAUUUUCCCAGGAUAGUGAGUUUGUAGAGUACUUGGCCAAGCUGAGGGAUUCAGCAAAAAUGAAGCAGAUCCUGGAAAUUGAUGGCCCACUGUCAGCUUCGAGAGUGGUCAAACAGUAUGACGAGAUUUUAGCUGAAACAGCUACAAGUAUAAACACUGAUACCAGAAAUGACCGGCCAGCGCAAUUCCCCCCUUUGCCGGUCAUUAAUUCCUUGAGGGAAGUGUCCUCACAGAUGAUGGCAUUUCAGGCUUCUCCGGACACUCCUGAUGGAACAGCGUGCAGUUCAGCAGUGAAUGCUGCCCGCCAAAUUUGCUACUGGUCAUCCCUUCUCAUGACAAUUAUGGAUGAACGCAAUGUGGUGCAUCCCGUAACUACAAUGCCUUCAUCAACAUUGGAACCAUCAACGUCUUCUACAUUGUCCUCCUCAUCUUCUUCUGCAUCAGUGUUACCUUCUAUGCUUACAACAACAUCAUCCAGUCAACCCCGACCUGCCUCAUCAUCAAAUGUUCCAACGUCAUCUGUACUACAAGAUCACCUUCCUUAUUCCUCAUCUCAUCAGCAGGCUCAAAGCUCAGUUAUAGAUCAUCAACCUCCCGUCUCCGUUUCUUUGCAGUUUCAGCAGAAUUCCCUUCCAUGUUCUACAGUUUCCUCCAACGCUUCCUGUACAGUGUCUCCAUCGCUCUAUUCAUCAUCACCACUCUUGUCCUCUACAUUAUCUGGACAACCCCCAACAAUGUAUUCAUUCUGUGGUCAACCUGCUCUUUCCUCUUCUUCCUGUGUGCAAUCUCAGUUUUCUCGGCAUCCUCAACCUCUCUCAGUCAUCUCUGCACCCAUACAAGUUACACCAUCAUUUUUCCAACAAGUUUCAUCGUUUGCAAGUGAGCGUCAGCCUCCUUCCUCGUUUGCCUGCACACCAGCUGUCCACAGUUCUUUACCCACUGCCUGUCCGCCAGUUCAUCAAGAUUCUCCUGUUCCAGUCUCUCGUCAGUUACCUCUUUGCCAACCAUCUUCGUCAAGUACUUCUCUGUCACUGUCUUCUACAACCGUUAACCAGCCUCCACCCGGACAAAGUACAAUGCCACCACCCAGCUCUCUGAUGAUAGUGGAUCCUGCGACUCUUGGCAUGCAUGCCAAGUAUGGUUUUCCUGGACAACCCUGUACAGAUUGGCUAAAUACCUUAAAAAUACCGAGAAAUGUAGAAAGUCUUGAUCAAGUCAAGGAGAUUUGGGAGGUUGGAGGUCCAAAUUGCCCACCAUUGAAAGAUUGGACCGUACUUAUGAGGAAUUACAAGUCAGGCAAAGGACAAAAUACUUCCGUGUACAGUCAACGUAAAUUUAUUUACACACUUUUUCAACGGCAUGGGUUUGACGUUAACAGCAUUCGUGCGCAGUAUAAUGAACUUAAACCUGGUAAACUUUACAAACUUUUAAACACGAAACAAAAGUGA